UUUUUUUAUCUUAAUAAAUGAAGAUGUUUAAAGUCUGAGAAUUAAUUAAUUAAUUUGAGUGGAAAGUAAGUGGGCUUAUAUUUUAAGAAAUACAAAGGCAAAAAAAAGUUUCUAUGUUGGUAAAACUAAAAACUAUUGUUAGAACAACUUCAAUUUAUAGAUCUUUAUUUUAAUUUAAUUUAGUUGGGUAUAUUAAAAUUGAGUAGAUGUAACGUAAAUAGUUUGAGUUAAAUGGGGGUGAAAAAAUAAGUAGAUUGGUAAAUUGGUGUUUUUAGUUAUACUGUGAUUAUUUAUUUAAGUAUAUUUUAAGCGGCUUAGACAAGUUCCAUUUACUUAAAAGAACAGAAAGUUCUUUGGGGCGUGUUCCCUUUCAGGUCUGCACUGCAAAGCCAGCAGCGCUGUGUUGUUUAAAAAAAAAAGAGAGAAAAUAACCCAUAUUUUUGAGCCAGCCCCAGUAACAGCAGCUAGGUAGUUUAAAUAACCCAGCAUUUUUUAAGGGUGUGUCAAGCGAUUUUGCUCCAGAGGACGGAUCUCGCUCGACAGGCUACUCUUCUCCUGGAGUUACAUCUCUACCAGCACAAAAAUCUCCACAGUCUCUGUGUGCCGAAAUAGUGAAAAGGCGUUAUUGUCUUGAGACAGCAUUACACUUUUCAACAGCAAUUUAUUGUUUCAAGUUAAUUUUUAAAGCGAGGAUUUGUAGCGGCAUGGCAGCGCUGGGGGAGGACAUCAGAGAUGCAGUGUUGGCCGUGUUACCAGGCUUACCAAAGGAGAAGCUUCUAUCCCUCCUGAAGAAGUUGACAAGCAUAGGAGUUGAAUCACAAUCUGACCUGCAGUUUGUCAAAGAGGAGGAUCUUCCUAACGAUAUUACACCUAUACAGUGUCGCAAACUCCUCAGUGCUUGGCAUAUUGAAGACCAGACAGGUUUUGUGACACUUACUCCUGUAGAAACUACAGGUAUGCCUCUUCAUAACUCUACAGUGGAUUCUUCAUUCUUGAGCUCUUCUAGCUCAAAUGUUCAAAGUCUGACAAGAACCAAAUGUUCAAGUGCAGUUGUGGAUUUAAGUGACUGGCCAGAAAACUUCAAAGUUCCCUGGGACAGAAUGCCUUCUGGUAUCAAAACUGCAGUUGCAGAGGAGAGACGUCCCUCUGCUAAAGACCGCAGGGAAAUGAUAAGAAUCAUUGUUAAUGAAAUGCGUCUUGCUGAGUUGAACCCUUCAAAAUCUCAGUGCCUCACAGUCGCUAAGAUGAUUGUGAAAGAGCAUCCUGGAAGUUUUGCGGAUGUCCUGAGAGAUGGCACUAGAAUUGGAAGUGGCUAUGGAUCUGUUUUGACUCAGCUGAAAACAAGAAUAGAACAUUUAAAUCGUGGCUGUCAUUUCUCACGACUUAGGAACCAGAAAAGAGUCUCAAAUUCAUUAGAACGAGACAUGACCCGAGGACCAGCUGACCAAUACGGCUGUGUAAGAUGGCAACCUGACUUUCCACCAGGGGAGUCUGAGGAGAGUCUUAAAGAAAAGCAAAAAGAACUGCAAGACCUCUACAGCAAUGAGGGGCCAUCUGGGAGUGAAAGGGGAUAUACAAAUGAAUUAAUGAAGACAACAUACUGUUUACAACGAAAAUCCAUCAACACCUGCCCGGCCCCAUCCAUUGCUGAGCUGAAGAAUGACUGGCCAUAUCUUUUCACUCCAAAAGAGCUAUACACCCACUUCAAAUUGCUUACAGACAUCAGCAUCUUGGACAAAAUGGAGCAGGCUAUACAAGAAAAAGGGAAGUUGAUCAUUCAGUUUUUCAAUCACAAGCAAGCAGGGACUGAUGCUGGUGAGAUCCAGCGCAUCCUAAUGAUGUUUGAUGACAACGACACAGCUUCUUUUGCCCCAUGUGUGAUUCUUCUUCUCAUCACUCACUUCAGAGAGAAAACUGAUGCUCUCAUUCUGCAGGUUGAUAGAUUGGCCACGGCAGCAGAUGUAGAGAGAACAGCGUCUCUUCCAGGCACCCCUAGACUGAUAGUCUUAGGUGAUGAUCUCACAGGAGCCCAGUGGAUGCUUAGCAUUGAGGGUCAAGUGGUGGUACCUCCCCAUCCAAACUUUGUGGCUGGAAUUGCGGCCUUGUUUGCAUCCUAUUACAACUUCAAUUUGCUGUACCAGGAGCAGGCGUCAUGCACGCUUGAAUUCAUUCAAAGAUGCUUCAUUGGAAUUAAUCCAACCAUCGGCAAGAAAGGUGGGAAGGUCUCGGCGAAAAAGAGCAACACUGUCAACCCACAUGUGUGUACGCUUCUCAAAUGCUUAAUGGACUUUGAAUGGCUGUCUGUGUGAGUAUGGAAUGAAAAGUUCUCAAACGAAAGAACCAAGGAUCUUUGUGGACAUAGCAUCCCAGUUGUUCAUAUGUUGUUCAUUUUGUAUUCAGAAUGCGUUGUUAUUGGAUUAGUUAAGUUGUUUUGCUAAAUUAUAUUUCAUUCAAUGUUUGGUAGAAUCUGUACACCUUUCAAACACCUUUCUAUGCCUAAUUGCUGUAAUAGAAAAAUCUACCCUUGUAGUUCUUAUUUUGGUACAUGUUUAUGAAAUACAUUCUCCACUUGUAUGCAGGAAUAUGUAUUUUUAAAGGCCAAUUCUACUGAUUUUUUAAAAUGUUUGCAGAAUUAAAUCAUUUGUUGUACAUGAACUUCUUCAGUGUUGGUGAUAAAUAUGAGGUUGAUUAAAAAAAAAAAGAUAAAAAAAAAAUGUUUACUGUUUAACUUUCUACUAUAAGUCUCCAGAUUGUUAUGUCAUGUUUGUACAGUAAAAUUGUAGUGCAUCAGAGAGAAAAAAGUGCCCUGUACCUGUAAUUCUUUUGAAUUUUAUGAAUUUUAAACAGAUUU